ACUUUUCGUUGUUAACUUAAUCUGCCAAACACAAACAACUGCUGCCAAAUAAAUUUAUAUAUUAAGAAAUUAAAGUCACACCACAAACAUGGAAAAGAAACCAGUUAAGAUUUACAAUGAGGACCGUCAGAAUUUCGUGGCCACUCGGAUGAGUCUGCCGCUUUUUAUGGUGUCUCGCAACCGCAUAAAAAAAGAAACUUUGCCGCGUUUGCAAAAGCAAUUCAAGUUGGCUGGACAGCAUUACAAUGAGGAUUGCCAGAAGGAGAACCGUCGAGAGGCAUUUAGCACGGCCACUUACGAUCACUAUCGUCACAUUACGGGCUUUGAUAAGACACCUAAGAAUCCGUAUCCAGAACGGCGACCUCUUCACAUCAAUCGUUCGAUGACAAAAUGGAGGGGCUGGCAGCUGCCUCCGAAUCACUAUGGAGUCCCUCCGGAGCCUUUCCUCCGACUGAAGGGCACCAAGGGCUCCGUCUUCGCCAAGCCGCAUAUAAAUCACAGCCGGGUGUCCAUCAAGCCACCUCCCUACCACUUUUACGAACUUCCGGCGGAAAUCGAGCGGCUCUUCAAGCGCGAGAACUUGCAGAAGGGCAUAUUUUUAUCGAAUGCCCGCGAUCGCCGCCCCACAACACACCUAAUGAUCUCCAAUCUAUCGGGAUGUUGGCGGGAUCCCAAGGAUGCUGGACCUUGUGACACUCAUACGGAUAUCUAUGAGCUGCAAGCCAAUGCCACUCCGGUGACGAAGACACCCCGUCCAAAUCCUCAUCUGUUUCUGCGGCAAUCCUGUGUGCCCACAAAACCAAGUCUCCUGAUCCGCCGGCACAUUAGUAUGGAACCAGCUCCAGGACGAUAUUGCACCAGCUAUCCAAACGUUUGCCCUUGUCCGGCGGGAAAGACCAGUGUGCCGGGUUUGCAGUUGCUGAUUGAUGACCAGAAGCGUUUGAAAUUUCGACGACAGCCAUUUGAGAGUAUCAACCGAAAGCGAUUUUGUGAGCCAGAUUGGCGGCAUGUCGAAGGUCAGGGUCACCGGCACAUAUUCCAAAUGGGAAAGCGGGACAGGCCGAAGCCGCAGAAGAAACCAAUUGCUUCCAAGAAACAGGGAAAGCCAAUCAGCAUGUUCGCCGAUGCCAAGUACAUCAAUAUGCUGAGUCAGCCGCAAAGGAACCCCAUUUCGAUCAGGGGAUUCCCAGUGCCUCCUUAUGUGCCCAAAAUAGUCUACAACUGUGCCGCAAAGAGAAUCAUGAGGAAACAGUUGAAAAACAAUAAGAAGAUUGCCUUUAAUAGUGGACAGGAGCGCUGGAAGGAUGGCGAGCGUCCUUUGCAGUUGACCUCUCGUCAAUUGGAGGCAAUAAAGCAGAAAUUACCACCAGAAAGGCGACUAAUGGAUUAUCCUAUUGAAUUACCCGAAGUUAUUCCCAGUAGGUUGAACCAAGUUCCCGAUCAUCAAAGGGUCACUUACAUGCCAAAGUUGAGAAAGCGUCUCUUCAAAUUCCUGCCGAUUCCCGGAGCACGAGUUUUGGUCACCGAUAGUGAUAUUCGCCCGGAUAUAGUUUUCGAUCCGGAGCAUCCAACUGGACUUUACCGCCGCAAGAUCGACGAAACCGUGUUCUUCAGGGAUUCCGUUUUGCGAGCGAUGGAAAACAAGGAGGAAUUGCCACUGGACGCCAGUGUGACCAACUUGUCGCAAUCGCAGUCCCAGGAGCGAUCGGCUCGCCCUUCGAUGGCCCGGGGAACGGUCACAUUGGUGGAUCCGGCGGAUAUGAAGAGCGCUUCCCGUGUAUCGGUCCAUGGUUAAAAUAACUCGGGCACUCUGCUCCACGUUUGCGUGCCAGUUUAAAAAUCUUUUUCGUUUUUGAUUUAUGGUCCACGCUUGAGUGAACUCACAUGGCCACGCGCAGCCAAGAAAGGAGCUCAGCGAUGGGCCAAGGAAAGCGGCCCAAAUGCCUUAAAUAAAGAUGAGAAAAAUUAUUCACUUGGAAAA